CUAUUUGUUCUGCUAUUCAUCUUCAUUCAAAUUCUCUACGUUCUUUAAGUUUCGUCGGUGUUUUCUUUUAUGGUUGGGAGAUUUUACCUAUCCUCGCUCCUUUAAGGAUGCUCGAAAAACUACAUUGUGAUUCUUGUCAUUUCCAAUUAGUUUUCGAAUUAACUCCUGAGCCUCACCCCCCUGUUCAUUUAAAAUUCCCUUUUCUUUCAAUACUCGAUAUGAGUAAUUCUUAUGUUGAACCCCAAAUUAUGAAAUACAUUUUAAACGCUUCUUCUAGAAAUUUACAAUACCUUGAUCUUGGAAGAAAAAUUCAAGAUCCAAAAUCUCCUGAUGAUUCAACUAUAAUGUUUGGUUCCGUGGCAAACAAAUUUCCUGAUCUUAAAUAUCUUAAAACUUCUUUUCAUGAAACUGAAAUUUCUCAACUUCUUUCAGUUUUCGAAAAUUGCAAGAAAUUAGAAACUUUUAUUCUUUGUCAAUUAGAAAGUUUAAAUUCUCAUGGGAUGAACGAAUUAUUAAAGAGUUUAACUAAUUUUAGGUUACCAAAUUUGAAACAUUUUGGUAUAAGAGGUUCAAAUUACGUUUUCUCCCCUUCAAAUUUACAAGUCUUUUUAAGUUCUUUGAAUGAAAAUGGUGGAAUUAAUUUGAAAACUUUGGAAAUUAGUACUUCGAAUUGUUUUAAUAACGAACAUUUAAAAGUUAUUAUAGAAUACGCGGUAGAUGUAAAAUCUUUGAAUAAUUUGGUUCUAAAGGUUUAUAGAGAGUUAAAUAAGGAUCUGGUGAAGCAAGCUUGCGAGAAGGUUAAAGAUGUUAAAUAUGAAUUGUGGAAUGUUGAAGAACAAAAAUGGCAAAAUAAAUUGUAA